CCCCAUCCUGAGAGUUUCCAGUCUCCCAGCAUCGCCUCAGUCAGCGUGCGCAGACGCCACUCAUCCCUCGACUCUCUUAUUGAAGGCACGCAUCGCACACUGAAACCGAACAGAAAUGUUCUGCAGACGGGCAAUACAGAGACUCGGGCCUCUGGCACGAAAGACAAUUACACCCUCAUCCAGAAAUGUUGUUCCAGCACGGCAGAUGUCCUUCGGGAUCCCUGGUGGAUCCUCAAAUGUGGUGUACGUCGUGCUGUGUGGUGGAGGCCUCACUGCUGCUGCAGUCUACGCCUACAAGACAGUGAAUGGUGACAGCGCAGCAGUCCCCAGUACAAAGAGUGCGGAAGAGGCAGCAGAGGCAGCACCGGUGGCCGUGGCCGUAGAAGCUCCUGCUGAAUCAGCUCCGGUAGAGGUCCCGGCCGCCGAGGUGGUCGUAGAGGCUGUUGCUGCUGUAGAAGAACCAGUAGCGGAGACUGCUGCUGCACCAGAGCCCGUUGCUGAGGUUGUUGCCGAGGCUGUCGUUGAAGCGGUUGCCGUAGAGACCCCAGCAGCUGAAGCGCCGGCGUCCGAAGUGGUUGCAGAGGUCGUUGCAGAGGUUGCGGCUGAGCCAGUCGUCGAGGCUGUUGUAGAGGCCGUUGCCGAGCCUGUCGUUGUGGUGGUGGAGGAGGCAGCACCAGAGGCGGUGGUCGAAGCUCCCGUUGCCGUGGAGGCCGUUGUCGAAGCUCCCGUUGUUGUGGAAUCCGUCGCCGUGGAGGAUGUGGCGCCCGCCGAGGCCCCUGCAGAGGAGAGUGCGGGGACGGUCUCUGACAUCCUGACGGCUGUGAAGAUCCUGACCAGCUCCACAGUGGAAAUCGCAGCAGCAUCCGUGGGUGAGACGAGGAUCGCUAGCGCCGUGCGACACCUGGAGGAGAAUGCCCUGGAUGUUCCAGAAUCCCUGGAAGUUCUAGAGACAGUCAAGGAAGAAGUGGUGGUGGCUGAAGAGGAAGCGCCGGUCGAGGCCUCCGCUGUUGGGGAGAUGGAGGAGCCCAGGCCUGAAGAGGCUGUUCUUGAUGACGCAGGUGCAGAAGAAGCGGCGGAGGCGGAAGUGACCUCUGAACCGCAGGAAGUAGUUCUGGUUGUGGAGGUGGAGACCACUGCUGCGGGUGUUUCUGCUGCAGAUGAUGAGGCAGAGGAGAAAGCUGCCCCCCUCCCUGAGGAGGCUCCAGCCUCCGCUCCUUUAGUGGAAGAGGUGGGAGAGGCUGAGGAACCAGCGGUUGAGGCACCAGCUCUUGAGGCACCGGCUCUUGAGGUUGUUGCAGUGGAGGAAGCCACAGCAAUUGAAGAGCCAACUGAAGCUGCGUCUGCUGUGGAGGAGUCUGCAGAACCAGCCCGGGAGGCGGCUGAGGUGGCCGAGGCCAUAUCCGAGGCAGAAGCCCUCAUCAUAGCGGCGGCCCACCUGGCAGCGGCCUCGGUCAGUGCCGCCCUGGAGGUCCUGCCGGGAGCGACAGUAGAGGAAGCUGAGCCAGCUCCGGAGAUCUCAGCUGCAGAGCACUGCCACUCCUGCCACAGCACUGGCCCGGCCUCGGAGGCGGCGGAACCCCUGGUUGUGGAGGCGGAGGUGGUGCCACGUGGGGUGGAGGAGGAAGCUGUGCAAGGCACAGAAGUCCAGGAGGCGGAUGUCCAGGUGGAGGAGGAGGCAGUGGAGACCUUGCUCGAGGAGAGCACCUCCGAGGGAGCCGUGGAGAUGGCGGAGGAAGCCAAGGAGGAGGGAACACCCAUGGCAGGGCUAGCAUCACAGGAGAUGGCCAAUCCAAUAAAAAGAGGCUGCUCUGUGAUGUAAUAGUACAGUUGUGAAGCCAUUGAUAGCCUGGCCGUGAUCUCAGUCCAGUCGUGAGAUGAACAGAGACGUGCCUUCCGGAACUUUCACCAGCUGUCAAUCAGAAACAGGACAGUCAUACAGCGUUAGAAUGAGCUCUGAUUUGUUCUUCUACUCUGUUCCAAUGUCAGCAACACUAAUGUGACAGUGGUCAACCAUAGGUCAAAUAAACCAUGUACUCUUUUUUGUCUGCUAAUAGUCUAGCACUUUUCUAAGGUUUGGAUAGGCAUUUUGUUUAGGAUUUGUUUAGAAGUUAGACCUUUUGUUCCAAUUACUACUUAGUAACUCAAGGUGCCGCCAUUGCAAAACUCAUUGAACGUAUUUAUAUUUAUAAACAUGACCAGUUGACUGUAUUCAGUUAUCCAUGUGGCCAGUUGAUUGUAUUCAAAUGUAUUCACUUGACCAGUUGAAAGUAUUACAAUUUAUUCACAUGACCAGUUGAAUGUAUUAAAAGUUAUUUACAUGACCAAUUGAAUGUAUUAAAAGUUAAUCACUUUACUGUUGAAAGUACCAUAUUUAAAGUUGUCUGAUAGAUUGUAUACCCAAAGUAAAAAGUGAUGUCAGUUCCUUAAUGGCUAUUAUGGUUUUAUGAAGCAAUGGCGUCUGCUAACUGCUAACCUUUAUGAAAACAAUAUAAACUACAAAAGUAAAUCAAUUGUCUCCAAAGGACCCUAAACAUUAGACUAUAAUAUUUAAUAUCAUAUAAAUAUAAAGUAGUAUUGAGUAUGUUAGGAUACUUGUGUUUAUUUUUUUGUUUGUUUUUUUUGCCACACAAUAGAAUGUUGUACAGAUAAAUAAAAACAACUGUAAAUAUGCAUUUAAAUAA